AUGGAUAAUAACGGCAAGGCGAUGGUAGUUGCGCCAACGAUAAAUGUAUUGUCCGACAUAUCAAUGAAAACAGCCGGCACUAAAACUUUGCGCGUUCAUGAAAAAUUUGUCUGCUCCUAUGACGACUGUGAUAAAGUGUUUAGUAAGUUGAAUCGCCUAAUUCAACACGAACGCGUCCACACUGGGGAGCGACCAUUCAAAUGCACCUAUGAAAAUUGUAUCAAAUCCUACGCUAGGAACAGUCAUCUUAAACGCCACGUCAAACAGACUCAUGUGAAAAUUAGGACACCAGGGGAUGUUGUCAUAUGCGAAGAAAAUGGUUGCUAUAGGAAUUUUGUUUCAGAAGAUUCGUUGAAGAAACAUUUGAGAGUUGUCCACGGCCUGAAUGGAGACAACAACAACAACGAUGACAACAAAUAUUACUGCCCAGUUGAUGGUUGCAAAGCUUCAUUUUCUAAGAGGUUCCAACUGAGGCACCAUGACUACCAAGAACACAAAAGAUCAACAUUAUUUCAAUGUAUGGAAUGCCAAAAGAAGUUUGUAUCACAUAGCAAGUUGAAAAGGCAUUCAAAAACACAUGAAGGAUAUAAAUGUGCUGCCUGCUCUGAAGUAUUUAGCAAAUGGUCUUUACUGAGAAGGCAUAAGUCACAAGAUCACAAAGAAAUCAUCGCAUGCAAAUUCUGCAAUAUGAAAUUUAAAAGCAACUCUAAACUAAGCACACAUUUAUCCAUACAUCAACAAAAACAACAGCAUCAAAUCAACAUCAAUCUAAUCUCAGAUGAUGAUGAUAACGAAACUGAAACCGAUUGUUAUAGCUUCAAACUAUCUGAUGGUGAUAAUGAUGAUGAUGAUGACGUUAAAGUGGAAAACCCCGGGGAAUUAGAAUCAAAUAAAGAAUCCAAAAUUAAUAUGAACAUUUCAAAUAUGCCAUCUGGUAAUGGCAACAGUAUUAGCAACAAUAAUAAUGAUAAUAGUCACGAUGAUUUCAAAAAUGAAAGUGAAACUGUGCAAAUGGAAGUAGCAAAAAACCCAGUUAUUUCAUUGCACAAAGCGUUCAGAUGUAACAUGGAUGGCUGUGCGAGAAGUUAUACGACUAGGUAUAACCUAAAAACACAUAAGAGGAUCUGCCAUCUGGAGAAUUAUAACAAUAACAAAAGUAAUAUUAACGAUAAUAAUAGCAAUAGUAGUCAGAUGUGCCAACCGCUGUUCAUUUGCUCUGUUGAAGGUUGCGGUAUGUCAUUGUCAACUAAGCAAAAGCUGCAACUUCACUCCAUCAUGCACACAGACCAAUACAUAUCUAUGAAAAAUGCAAGGAAAUUAAAAAGAAAUAAACAUCCAAAGAGCAAUCACAAUCAAAGCAAGCAGGACAAUUUAUCUGCCUUAGUGAAUUUACACAAGAGAAUAACACUUAGUGAGAAACCAGCUGAAAUACUCGAUGGAGAAGAUCAAAUGAAAAAAAAACAGAGAAGACUUAACCUGAAAGUGUGGGCAAACUACGACCCGCGAGGUCUUAUUUGCCAAAAAAGAUCGUCAGCCAGACAUUAUGACCAAAAAAGGAGCCACAAAUCUUAA